AUGGAUCUGAAAAAUGCUGAAUGCAUUUGGGACGCCCUAAACGAUUUGCACAAAAAUGAUAAGCAGGCGUAUGAAAAAUUCAUGAAUAAACAUAUGAAAAAAAUAAAUGAACAUAAAGUAAUAAAACCCAAGUUCUGCUUCUGCAUCGUGACAGAUGUGGAAAAAGUUUCUAUCAAAACAAAGUCCAAUGAAUUUAAAGAAAAAUUAUGUGAUUAUUUUAUUUAUGUAUAUUACAGUAGUAAGAUGAAAGAGCCCAUUCUGCCGAAGGAUUUUAUUAACAAUUUAGAUGAAAUAAAUUAUGAUUACAUUUUUAUAAGUACCUGUAAAAUCAAAGGGGAAAGUUCAAGAGAUAUGUAUGCAGAAGCAGUUAUUCAUUCUACAAUAUAUAAACAUUUCCAUAAUACUUAUUUUAAAAAUAAAAUUUUGUAUAAAAUAUUAGAAACAUUAAAUAACACAGAAAAAAUACUUAGAAGUGAUAUAAGUAUAAAUACAAAAUUUUUUCAAUAUAAAGAUUUAGGAUAUACACCUAAAACUAAACAUUUUUUAAAUUCUCAUUGUGUAGACAGUGAAUUAGGCCAAGGGAACAUUGAACCGAUGGAUGAAAAUGAUAUAAAAUUUUACAACAUAGUAAAUGAAAAACAGAUCAAUAGUAAUAAUAAAAGAGAGGAAGAACAAAAUGAAAUAAAAAUACACGAUUCAUCUAUUGAUAUAAUGAAUGACAUACAAUCAGUUAAAACGACCAAAACAGGGAAAGUUGACAGAUGUGAAGAGCGCAACAUUCCAAGACAGGUGAAAUCGUAUCACUACACAGUUAUUGACAGAUACCUUCACAUCAUCUUAACGUUCAAUAGUAUUUCUUACAAUGAUUUGGAAAUUUUGAAAAAAAACAACACUAUAGAGAUAUACGUUUCUACCAAACCCGACGAAUGCAUGACUUUAAACUUCAAGCAAAAAUUAAGUGAUAACAUUAAAGCAUACUUCAAUGAAAAAUGUCUCAAAUUAACCAUCAGCGUCGAGUUGCUAUACUGA